AUUAUUUUAAUAUUUUUUGUCAGUGAUAUUUUACGUGUUAUACGGUGAAAAUGACUUCUAAAAUUGCCGUAGUAACUGGGUCUAACCAAGGCAUCGGUUUUGGUAUUGUAAGAGAGUUAUGUAGAAGGAAUGUUGGAGUUGUUUAUCUAACGUCAAGAGACAUACAACGUGGUAAAGAAGCAGUGGCAAAAUUAGAAAAAGAUGGGUUUUAUCCAAAGUAUCAUCAACUUGAUGUAAGUGAUGAAGAAAGCGUUAAAACUUUUGCUGAAUAUAUGAAGAACAAAUAUGGUGGACUAGAUAUUUUAAUAAACAAUGCUGGCGUUCUCGACUCAGACUAUUAUAAAGUCUCGUUUGAAGAAGCUAAAAGAGUUAUAGAUGUCAACGUUCAUGGGAUAAUAUUAAUGCAAAAAUACUUCUUUCCACUUUUACGAGAUAAUGCUCGAGUUAUCAAUAUGUCCAGUGAUUGGGGACAUAUUACAAAUAUUAAAAAUCCCUACUGGGUUCAACGCCUAACUAAUAAAGACAUAAAGUUGGGUGAUGUGUAUGAAUUCCUUAACUGGUUCUUAGAUUCCGUGAAAAACAAUGCACUAAAAGAAGAGGACUUCUUUGAAAACACUGUUUUGGCUUACCGUGUUUCAAAAGUUGCUGUAUCUGCUUUAACUGGAGUGCAGCAAAAAGAGGUAGGCAAAGGAAUUUCAAUAAAUUGUCUAAACCCAGGUUUUGUCAAAACAAACAUGACUGUAGGUGGUGGAGAUAUGACUGUUAUAGAAGCUGGUGUUACUCCUGCAUACUUGGCUCUCGAUAUUGAUCAGUCCGUCAAAGGGAAAUAUUUUUGGUUUGACAAAACUGAAGUCGACUGGGCCGAUUCUACUUUAAAUGUUCUAGAUACGUUUGAUGCGUUUGAAAAGGCAAUAGGUGAAGUUAAUAAAUAAUAACACAUGCAUAAAAUUGUUUGUUUUAAAUUCCUAUUUUAUUGAUAUUGUUGGUAUUUAUAUAAUAUAUAGUUAAAACGCAAAAAAAUAACCUAAUUUAAAGAGUUUAUACUGGAUCAAUACAAUGCGCAAAGGCGAUGAGAACUUGGAGAAGCUAAUCGUGGUUGGUAACACAGAAGGCAAAAGAUCACGUGGCCGCUCACC